AUGUAAUAAAUUUAAUACAAUUUCCUUUACUUUAAUGAAUUUGAUGUUUAAAACUAAAAAAAUUAAAAUAAAUUAGAGCUUUCUGAAAAAAACUCAACAAAAUGUGAUUCUGAGGAAGAAAAUAAUUACGAAGAAAUCUUUUUAUAAGACUAAAAUAAAUCAAGUGCAAAAAAAAUCAAAAACAUCAUACUUACAGAAUUUGAUAAAUAUAAAACCGAAAUGUGUAAAAAUUGGAGUCAAUUUUAAUAUUGUAAAUAUGGAGACAAAUGCAGAUUUGCACAUGGAAAAAAAUAACUUAAUUCAAAAAUACCUAUAAAUACUCUUUACAAAACUAAAUUAUGUAAAUAAUAUUUCGAAAAAGGAGUUUGUUGUUAUGGUUUAAGAUGCCAUUUUACUCAUGAUGUGCGAACCAUAGAUUAAAUAGUUAAAAAUAAGAAAAUAAGUUAUCUUUAAAAUCUUAAUUAAAUCUAAAAUCAAUAAUAAAUAUAUCCUGUUAUAAAAAAUAAUAGAUUAUAAGUAUUUAUUAACAUAACUAAAAAUUGA